AUGUCAAUGUCAUCAAUGAGUGCUGUAGGCGGAGCCAAUGGCCUUUUAGAAGUAUAUGUAAGUAGAGCUCGCGAUUUGCCAAAUCUGCGAAAAAUGGACAAACAGAGCCCGUUUGUUCGACUACGAAUCUCACACAUGAUAGCAACGUCAGAAGUAGCUUUUAGAGGUGGUCAAACGCCCAAGUUUGAUUUCUACUCGAAAUUUGAUCUGACACCAGACGUCAAACCAGCUUUAGUUGUGGAGUUGUUCGACGAAAGAUCACCUCCCAAGUUAAUAGGCCAAUGCACAGUUGAUCUAACCCCAGCGCUUUACAAAGAUGCAGAAGAUGGCCACGACGACUGGUUUUGUUUGAGUUUUGGCAAAGAAGACGCAGGUCAAGUAUACAUCGAGCUAACGUUCCAUCCGCUAAUACCGAGUUCAAGGCUUAAGAAAAGAGAUUCUGGGUAUGCAAAUAGUUUUGACGUAUCAGUAGAAGGUAGAUCUCCACCUCCACUGCCGUCUAAAGUACCGUCUUUUCAGUUAUCUAACGGAUCCAACCUGGUCUCGAGUAAUCGAUACUCUCAUGCAGCUGUGUCACGCGAUAGUUCUAUGCAGCUAGAUCGAGAAGACGAAAUCGCACCACGAAGUCCAAGUCCCCGCAACUCACUGGCAUUCAACUCGUCAGUUGCUUCUAAUGAGACCUUCAAUUCGCAUAUCACUUCUACAUCUCAUGAUAGCCACGCUACUGUCAAUACUGUGGGAACAACUGGGACAGCUGGUACUGAGCCAUUGUUCGCAAAGCUCAAACAGCUGAGGGAAAAGUGGAAAUCUAUCAAGAACCCGUCCUCAGAGCAACAAGAAACCGAACACGAAAACAAGCUGGAUUUGAAAGCCUUACAGAAAGUUGUGGGUGUCGAACCGGAAGACUACAAUGACGAUUACAAUGAAAAUGCUGCUACAAGCCGAACCGCCAGCCGACAAGGGUUCGAGCACUCGAAAUUCAAAAUCCAGCCUCCACUUCCAAGGCUUCCGGCAUCGAGCUCUCGCGGAACAAGCGUUGGAAGUGUUAGUCCGCGAAGAGCGGAUCGGUAUACCUCUACUUCAAGCCAAAACUCUCCUCGCCUGCCGCCUUUGCCGUCUAGCCCAUUGUCAAGGCCUGGCAUGGGAUCACGAAAUGGUUCUCAUUCUCCCACGAGACGAAGGCCCCCACCAAUGUGA